AGGGCAAAACGGGGGACGUGGAACUGCGCAUGUGCGUGAUAGCAGAACUAACUAACAAACAAACAUCAAGCAGAGACGGACAGCAAACACAGAUCACGAACUUUCUUAUUAAUAGCUAACUAUCUACAUGGGUUAACUAUCGUUUAAUAUACCUUGUAGUUCCACUCUAAUGAAGGAGCUCCGUCCUGGCUGACUUUGGGAGAUGGGAGUACACAAUAUUACAGACCAGCUUCCACUGGUCCAAGCAGUUUUUAAUCGAAAUGCCGAUGAAAUUCAACUGCUAUUGCAGAAAGAGGACGUCAAUGCACUGGACCAAGAGCGCCGUACAGCACUACAUGCUGCUGCCUGUUUGGGGGAUGUUCAUAUAAUGGACCUCCUCAUCAAUGCAGGUGCAAAUGUAAAUGCUAAGGACCAUGUGUGGCUAACUCCAUUGCACAGAGCUGCUGCSUCCCGGAAUGAAAGGGCAGUGGGGCUACUUCUGCGGCAGGGAGCAGAGGCCAAUGCACGAGAUAAGUUCUGGCAGACUCCACUGCAUGUUGCAGCUGCCAAUAGAGCCACGCGCUGUGCAGAGGCCCUGUUCCCCCAGCUGAGCAAUCUGAACAUGGCAGACCGCACUGGCAGAACCGCCUUGCACCACGCUGUUCAGAGCGGAUACAUGGAGAUGGUGAAGUUGCUGCUGAAUAAAGGGGCCAACUUGAGUACCAAUGAUAAGAGAGAGAGACAGCCUGUCCACUGGGCAGCGUACUUAGGGCAUCUGGAGGUGUUGAAGCUGCUAGUGUCUCGAAGUGCAGACAAGGGCUGCAAGGACAAGCAGGGCUACACCCCUCUCCAUGCUGCCGCUGCCAGCGGACACAUUGACAUAGUCAAGUACCUACUGAGGCUCGGGGCUGAGCUGGAUGAGCCCAAUUCCUUUGGGAACACUGCUCUGCAUGUGGCCUGCUACACAGGCCAAGAGGCUGUGGCCAAUGAGCUGGUGAACCAAGGAGCUAACGUCAACCAGCCCAACAGAAGUGGCUAUACCCCACUGCACCUGGCCGCUGUGUCCACCAACGGGGCCCUCUGCCUGGAGCUGCUGGUCAACAAUGGGGCUGACGUCAACCAGCAGAGUAAUGCAGGGAAGAGCCCCCUGCACAUGGCAGCCAUUCAUGGACGCUUCACACGCUCUCAGAUCCUCAUCCAAAACGGUGGAGAGAUUGACAGUGUGGAUAAAUAUGGCAAUACCCCCCUCCAUGUUGCUGCUAAGUACGGCCAUGAACUACUGAUCAGUACUCUGAUGACCAACGGUGCAGAUACAGCCAGACAAGGGAUUCAUGGGAUGUUCCCGCUGCACCUGGCUGUGCUCUAUGGUUUUUCAGACUGUUGUCGCAAGCUACUCUCCUCAGGUCAGCUGUACAGUAUUGUUUCAUCUAUGAGUAAGGAGCACGUUCUAUCAGCCGGGUUUGACAUAAACACUCCAGACAACUUUGGAAGGACCUGUCUACACGCUGCUGCUUCUGGAGGAAACGUUGAAUGUCUCAACUUGCUCUUAAGCAGUGGUACUGACUUGAAUCAGAGGGACCAAUCGGGAAGGACUCCGUUGCACUAUGCAGCUGCUAAUGGGAGGUACCAAUGCACUGUGACCCUAGUGAGUGCUGGCGCUGAGGUUAAUGAGCCAGACCGUACAGGCUGCACUCCCCUGCACUACUCUGCUGCCUCCCAGGCCUUCUGCAGAAUGGACCGACAUUUCCCCGGGACUCUUCAGAGCGAGGAAGAUGGAGAUAAGGAGUCCUAUUUUAGUUGCUUGGAGCAUCUGUUGGACAACGGUGCCGAUCCAUCCCUGGUCAACUCUAAAGGUUACAGUGCUGUCCACUAUGCUGCUUCCCACGGCAACAAGCAGAACCUGGAACUGCUCCUGGAAAUGUCGUUUAACGCAUUGGGAGACAUUGAGAGCAGUAUUCCAGUGAGUCCAUUGCAUUUAGCUGCUGAUAAUGGCCACUGGCAGGCGCUGCGUGUGCUGACGGAGACUGCUGCGUACGUGGACGUGCAGGAUGCCUCGGGCCGCUCUGUGCUCUACUUGGCUUCCCAGAGAGGUUACGCCCGCUGUGUAGAGGUCCUGCUAGCCCAGGGGGCCUCCUGCCUCCUCAACGAGAACAGACACAUGUGGACCCCUCUACACGUCGCAGCUGCCAACGGCCACACGGAAUGUCUGCACAUGCUGGUGGAAAGCGGGGAGGAGGCAGACCUUACCAACGUCACAGACACACAGGGACAGACUCCUCUGAUGCUGGCCGUGCUAGGUGGCCAUACAGACUGUGUCCACCUGCUGUUGGAGAAGGGGGCCUGGCCUGACGCCAAGGACAAGGGGGGCAGCACUGCCUUGCACAGAGGGGCGGUGGUGGGCCGUGAGGACUGUGUGACAGCCCUGCUGGAUCACGAGGCAUCUGCCCUGUGUCGGGACGGCCAGGGUCGUACCCCCCUGCACUACGCUGCCUCCCACCGCUACACUGACAUCCUGGCCAGUCUGCUGCGUGCCGCCAUGCGCUCCGAUCCUCUGGACUCCCUAUUGGACCACGAAGAGUACACGCCGUCACACUGGGCCGCCUACCAAGGGCAUGAAGGCUGUUUGGAGGUUUUACUUGAACACAAAACAUGUAGUAGCCAGGAGGGAAACCGCUUUACCCCAUUGCACUGUGCUCUAAUGAAUGGCCGUAGUGGAGCUGCAGAGAUGCUGUUGGAAUCUGCUGGUGUACAGAUGGUUAACACCAGGGAUACUAAAGGAAGGACCCCGCUUCAUGCCGCAGCGUGUGCCGAGGACGUGUCGGGGCUUCAGCUGGUCCUACGCCACGGAGCUGAGAUCAACGCCGUGGACCACACCGGACGCUCUGCUCUCAUGGUUGCUGCUGACAACGGACAGAGUGGCACCGUGGCCAUCCUCCUGCAACGGGCCAAGGCUGACCUGACACUGCUGGACGACAGUGGAAACACUGCCCUGCAUCUGGCCUGCAGCAAGGCUCAUGAGAUGUGUGCCCUGCUGAUUCUGGGGGAGAUCCAUAACGCUACCCUCGUCAAUGCAACCAACGCUGCACUGCAAAUGCCCCUGCAUCUAGCAGCACGCAACGGUAUGGCCACCGUGGUCCAGGCACUGCUGAGUCGAGGAGCCACAGUGCUGGCAGUGGAUGAGGAGGGCCACACUCCAGCCCUGGCCUGCGCCCCCAACAAGGACGUGGCUGACUGCCUGGCUCUGAUCCUCUCUACCAUGAAACCUUUCCCACCUCUGGACCCUUCCUCAUGCUCCUGCUCCUCUUCCUCCUGCCCCUGCACCUCCAUCUCUGUCUCCUCCAUCUCUGUCUCCUCCUCCAUCUCCCCCGGUCUCAACCUACUGAAGCACUGCGGAAUCACCGCAGCCUGCACACCCCUGCCCAACGGAGGCCUUCACCAUCACCACGGCUAAGUCAAAGACCACCAUGGCGCCGCCAUCGGCCUGGACGGGUGCCUUUCUGAGUAAGGUCAUCCUACACCUACAAUCCGACACCACAACUACCACCACCACAGGGUGACUCCCUUGAGUACACCCACCUACACGCCUGUGCGAAUGUGUGCGCGUAUGUGUGGUCUUCACCUGAAGGGCAGUCAAACCUAUAUGCAAAUAGAGCCCACAGCAUCUAUCUCAGCUCUGUAGUAGUUAGUGCUUAACACAGAGAGACUGAUCUCUCUUUCUGUAAUGUCACUGGAAUACCGCUGUUUGUCCCUAAAAUGGUUGCUAAUAACAAACCACAAAAAUAAUCUAAAUAAUCAAUCCCUUUAAAAAAAUGUCCCGCAAAUAGGUACUUGUCAGCACAGAAAAAUGACUGACAGCUUAAAGUACUGUUUAUUCUCCUUUUUGUGUUUGUUUGUAGUCUCUUGUUUAGUCACUUCUCAUUAUCAUUCAGUAUUUAAUAUAUCAGAAACUAGGACUAGUAGUGGUGGCCUUGAAUAGGAAUGCACAGCCUUCCCCAAAGGAGAAUAUUCAAACGGGUUAAAGUAGGGUAGAGGACUUGAUGAAGGAACCAUACAGAAGAAAGUCCUGCCCAAGAGUGCAAUGCUAAAAUAUAACUAUUCUGACUUUUUWAAAAAAUGAUUAUAAUAUGUACCUUGUGUAGUAGCCUAUAUUUAAACUUUUAGCCUAAAAUAGUUUGUCAUUUUCAUAGAGGAGAAUUUCAUAGAGCUGCUAAAGUUUGAAAAAUGUAUAUGUAAGCAUGUCUCCUUGCAAAGGAGUACAGUGCUCAGGUUGGGAUUUUAGCAUCAAUUUAUUCUCAAUGCUGAAGUAUUGUCUACAACACAGUUUUGUGUUUACUAAGCUAGAAUGUGGUUCAAAGCAUAUCAGUUAUGACCAAAGGUGAUCAUCACUACUAUGGCAAAACAAAAAUAUUUAUUUGAGAUGUACUGUAUAGAGAAAGACGAUAGAUCGAUCUUGAGAUACCUCGAUAAAUAAUUUUGCAGCUGCUGAACGAUUAGACAGGGAGAGUAGUAGCAAUGAGGCCUUGGUUAUUUAGUUUGCCUUUGGGAGCGGGCUCGCCCCAUUGCACCUCAGUGAAGCCUCUUGUAUUGUGAGCACUUUCUCUUGUAUUCUGAGAUUCUGCUCAGUCAAUCUUUAAACCAUUUCAAUUGAUUUCUCAAAAAAAAAAUCUUAUCAUUCUCAAAAGACUUUGGUACAUUGAAUGGGAUUAUUUCCCCAAAUUUGGCCUUGGUCAAUCUGAAAUUGAAUUUAUACUGAACAAAAAUAUAAAUGCAACAAUUUCAAAGAUAGCUGAGUUCAUAUAAGGAAAUCAAUUCAUUAG